CCUUGGUGCUGGGGCAUCAUUUCACGCUCUGACUGUGAAUUCAUGUUGAACAACCUCGCCACUCCGGGAGAAUUUAUUAUUCGCGACAGCGAAUCGCACCCUGGGGACCUGACGAUAACCAUGAAUGCGGGCAGCAAAAAUCGGAAUUUCAAGGUGCAUGUUGAGGGCGGCAAAUUCCACAUCGGACAAAAGGUCUUCCCCAGCAUCGACUCUCUGAUUGAACACUACCGUACACACCCAAUCUACAAAAGUGAUCAGGAGAAACAUUUCCUCACCCAACCUUUCCAACAUCCCAACUGUGGCCUCUACCUCCGUCAAUUGCCUGGCGACUUUGGCAGACCGCCGGUUGCGACUUCUACUGCGCCAGCAGCCCAGUCAGUAUUCCAGUGA